AUGAACGAAACGCAAUGGCCCUUGCUCGGACUUUUCUCCAUCUUGAUCAUCUUGGCUCUAUUCGGUAACCUGCUUGUCUGUGCUGCCAUAUUAUGGGACCGAUCACUACGGAAGCAGCCAGAAAAUCUGUUCUUGGUAUCACUAGCAGUUUCGGAUUUGUUGGUAUCAGUGUUGGUUAUGGUGUUUGCUGCAGUGAAUGAUAUAUUGGGGUACUGGCCGUUUGGUCAAUUCUACUGUCAGUUUUGGAUCAGUUUUGACAUUACUACCUGCACAGCUAGCAUUUUGAAUCUUUGUGCAAUUUCUCUGGAUAGAUAUUGGCAUAUCAGUAGACCAAUGGUGUAUAUAAGAUAUUGUAACCGCCGUCGGAUAAAUUAUGUGAUAGUUUUGGUUUGGCUGAUCUCUGCCGGCAUCGGAGCAGCCCCACUUGGAUUUGACUUUGGAUCGAAAGUCACUAUCAAUACUCUCACGGGUCUGCCAGUUUGUGAGAUGAGACUACCACUACCGUAUGCCAUCUCCAGUUCAAUGGCUUCAUUUUUCUUACCAGCCAUGGUUAUGGUUAUCUUAUACACAAAAUUAUAUUUAUACGCUCGCAAACAUGUGAGAAGUAUUAAAACUCAACUUCAACAAGCGACAUCGUUCUUGAUAAUGCAACUUGCAUCGGAAAAGAUACGCGAGGUAACGGCCGCAACUCUGAAGGGUGAAGCUCUCCUGCCUCCCGACUCGCCGGCUACCGAACGGACGACGAUGACCGUCUCGAGGCAUUACUCGCGUCGUUCGACCACAACCACAACAGCGACACCACGACGUGGAGACAAUAAAACUAGUUCGCAGAAUAAGGUUGAAUCAAUUCGCUCUUCAAUUUUCUCAAAACUCAAUUUCUUGUGUCCGGCGAGAUUCAAGAAUCAACGGUCUCCGCAAGAUCCUCACACUCCGGCAGCUCAUAAUCGUUCAAACAUCAGCGAUCAAAAAGCGCGUCUCACACUCGGAGUUAUUAUGGGAACCUUUCUUGUUUGUUGGCUUCCGUUCUUCACUGUCAACAUACUUCGAGCAUGGCUACCCGAGAUUUUCAGCUCAAAAACCAUUAUGGCAGUUACAUGGCUUGGAUAUGCAAAUUCUUCUGCUAAUCCUUUGAUCUACAGUAUUUUCAACCGAGACUUCAGAAGAGCAUUCAAGAAGAUUAUCGUAAAGGUGUUCGGGUGCUGUUGGGAAGAACCUGAUCUCAAUAAGUCAAUCUCGUCAAGAUAUGCUGCGCCUGACCAGAUUGAGCGUCGUAGAUCAUGCACAAGAUCGUCGGAAUCGGCACAUGACAACAAUAAUGAUGCCAAUGCAACUCGAUUGAAUCUUCUGUCGAAUAAUAACGAGGAAACCAUUCCUGAAUGA